AUGUCUGCCGAAUUAACUCACCCAACUAUCAAGGACGGAUGGUUCAGAGAAAUCUCUGACACCAUGUGGCCAGGUCAAGCAAUGGCUCUACGUGUUAAGAAAAUUCUCCACGUUGAACAAUCAAAAUAUCAAGAUGUUUUAGUCUUUGAAUCAACUGAUUAUGGUAAUGUUUUAGUCUUGGAUAACGUUAUUCAAGCCACUGAAAGAGAUGAAUUCUCUUACCAAGAAAUGAUUACCCAUUUGGCCAUGAACUCUCACCCAAACCCAAAGAAAGUCCUUGUCAUCGGUGGUGGUGACGGUGGUGUCUUGAGAGAAGUUAUCAAACAUGAAUCUGUUGAAGAAGCUGUUUUGUGUGACAUUGAUGAAGCCGUUAUUAGAGUUUCCAAAGAAUACUUGCCAGAAAUGUCUGCUUCUUACAAACAUCCAAAAGUCAAAACUCAUAUUGGUGAUGGUUUCAAAUUCUUGGAUGAUUACAAAAACACUUUUGAUGUUAUCAUCACUGACUCUUCAGAUCCAGAAGGUCCAGCUGAAUCUCUAUUCCAAAAACCUUACUUCCAAUUGUUGAAAGAAGCCCUAACUGAAAAAGGUGUUAUUACCACUCAAGCUGAAAACAUUUGGUUACACAUGAAAAUCAUCACUGAUUUGAAAAAAGCUUGUAAAGAAGUCUUCCCAGUUGCUGAAUAUGCCUACACCACUAUUCCAACUUACCCAUCUGGUCAAAUUGGGUUCAUGGUUUGUUCAAAAGAUGCUAAUGCUAAUGUUAAAACUCCAUUGCGUUCAAUCUCUGAAGAACAAGAAGCUAAACUAUACAGAUACUACAACAAGGCAAUCCAUUCAGCUUCAUUUGUCCUACCGACAUGGGCUGCUAAAGCUUUAGAAUAG